UGCUUCCGUGAUUCACUUUACCAUUUCAUGGGAGAGUGUAUUGAACACUGCUGCCUGUGGCGUGGUGAUAUCAGUUACUCACCCAGACACAUACAUCAAUUCCCCUUAUCUGGAGCCAGUGUGGUGAGUGGUCUGUGAUAAGCGCGUUGCGGCUAAUCUGGAAUCGUCGUCGGCCAUAUGUGAACACCUGGAAAGGGUUCGCCAUUAAGCUGAACCACUCGCACGUAGCCGGCGGCAGAGAGAGCUCUUCUUUAUUGUUAGUUAGUCACAGCGAUUAAGGCCAUGAGCAGCGCCAACCAUUUCCAGUACGAUGCGGAGGCGGACAAGAGCUUCGCCUUCGAUGACCAGAGCAUCCGGAAGGGAUUCAUUCGGAAGGUCUACCUGAUAUUGAUGUGCCAGUUGCUGAUCACUUUCGGCUUCGUUUGUGUGUUUACCUUCUCGAAAGCUUCCCAGGAAUGGGUGCAAAAGAAUCCAGCCCUUCUAUGGAUUGCUUUGGCCGUUCUCAUUGUGACCAUGAUUUGCAUGGCCUGCUGCGAGAGCGUACGCCGGAAGACGCCACUGAACUUCAUUUUCCUGUUCCUGUUCACACUCGCCGAGUCCUUCCUCCUGGGCAUGAUCGCCGGCCAGUACGAGGCGGAUGAGGUGCUCAUUGCAGUGGGCAUUACGGCAGCGGUGGCUCUUGGCCUCACUCUGUUCGCCCUGCAGACCAAAUGGGACUUCACCAUGUGCGGCGGAGUGCUGGUGGCCUGCCUUGUGGUCUUCAUCAUCUUUGGAAUAAUCGCCAUCUUCAUUCCGGGCAAGGUGUUUGCUCUGCUCUACGCCUCUCUGGGAGCGCUGCUCUUCUCCAUUUAUCUGGUGUACGACACCCAGCUAAUGCUGGGCGGCAACCACAAGUACUCCAUCAGUCCUGAGGAGUAUAUCUUCGCGGCUCUGAACCUCUACCUGGAUAUUGUCAACAUCUUCAUGUACAUACUAACCAUUAUUGGACUGUCCCGCAGUUAGACGGUGUCGCGCCGGUCUUCCAUAGUUUCCAUUGCACCUCUAGAGAUAUGUAAUUUAAUUUUAUACCAUUGUCCAGUGUUUAGAUCCCAAUGCCACCUUGGCCACCAAGAAAUACAGACCGACUAGCUAA